UUACUGCACCCUAUAUUCAGAACUACUGCUGAGAUUAACAAAAAAGAAAUGAUAAAAUUUUUUCUUAUGGUGAACAAACAAGGUCAGACGAGACUCUCUAGAUAUUAUGAGCAUGUGGAAAUUCAUAAACGGACGAUGCUGGAAGCUGAAGUAAUCAAAAACUGUCUCUCCCGUUCAAAGGAUCAGUGCUCUUUCAUUGAGUAUAAGGACUUUAAGCUGGUCUACCGACAAUAUGCAGCCCUUUUUGUAGUCGUUGGAAUCAAUGAGACAGAGAAUGAGAUGGCAGUAUAUGAGCUAAUUCACAAUUUUGUGGAGGUUUUGGACAAAUACUUCAGCAGAGUGAGUGAAUUAGAUGUAUCCUUUUCGAUAAUGUUCAAUUUGGACAGAGUGCACAUCAUUUUGGAUGAAAUGGUGUUGAAUGGUUGCAUCGUGGAAACAAACAGAAACAGAAUUCUUGCCCCUCUGUUUGUGCUUGACAAAGUGGCAGAAAAUUAGCAACAUGCAAAACUGACUAAAGCGAUUUAUGAAAGAUAGUGAAACCAUCAAGACCAUACCAACAGCAGUUUUCUGAUUUCAUAAGACCAACUCAUGCAAUAUUCAGACUUCUUGGAAAAUACUCCAUUUCUCUUAUUACCCUACCUACCCGAUGGAAAGAUGCAGCUAAACAUAAAAUGGAAUCUUAAUUUGCAACUUUCUAUUGACAUAGUAGGAGUCUUUCUAAAACAGCCGAUUUUUUUUUUUUUUGAAUUCACUGAGGAUAAAAUAAUGGAAACUUACGCAUUACUGUCUAGGUAUCAUUUUGUAUUACGUAGCAUUGUGCCAGACCUAGGAGAAGAGAGAAAAUAUGGAAAUACAAUUUCAAACUGAGUUUCAAUCCUUCCUUUAAAGCACCGACUUGAAUUUUUAUUUUCAUACAACUGUAAAUUAAAUUCCUGUAACUUUUAUGACCGCUUUUAAACUAGAUGCAGCCUUCAUCAAAAAGCUGGUUUCAUUUCCUUUUCCACAGAAGUCAUGGUUAUGAAAGAAAUGUAAAUAACAGAAGCAUAGAUGUAUUUAAGAUUCCUGCACAUUGUGGAUGUUGUAACUAGAAAUAUUUGGCACUUAUAGUAUUAUAACUUUAAUAAAAAAUAAUUAAAAUCAAA